AUGAGUCAAAGAAGGAAGAAAAAUUCCUCAGAUGGAGAAACCAAACCCCGGACUUCGUUUGUCAACAAAUUCUUCAGGAGCUCAAAACUCAGGCCCACCAAAGCUGAAAGCAGACAAAAGAGCAAUGAUCUUGAAGCUGCUGAUUUCCAACCCAGCGAUGACGCACAGAAAACAGAAAACAUCUUAGAUGCUGCUAAGCCUCUCCCUUCAGAAAUGGAGUUGGGAUCCAGGAUGGAGAAAAACGAGCAGUUCCUGCAGAAGCUGGGCAGAAAGGCUGUCAACAAGUGUCUGGAUCUGAAUAACUGCGGAUUAACGACCACGGAUGUGAGGGAAGUGGUUGCUUUGCUGCCUCUUCUCCCAGACUUGGAAAAACUGGAUAUUUCCUGGAAUGAUCUUAUAGGUGGAACCCUCCGUUCAGUCACCCAGCAAAUGCAUCUCGUCAGCAAGUUAAAAAUCCUGAGGCUGGGAAGUUGCAGACUUACCACUGAUGAUGUUCGAGCACUGGGAGAAGCACUGGAGGCAAUACCUGAGCUGGAAGAGCUGAACUUGUCCUGGAACAGUAAAGUGGGAGGAAACUUGCCUCUGAUCCUCCAGAAGUUCCAAGAAGGGAGCAAGAUACAAACGCUUGAGCUCAUAGAUUGCGACCUCACAUCAGAAGAUGGGGCGUUUGUGGGUCAGUUGCUACCCAUGAUGCAAAAUCUUGAAGUACUUGAUCUUUCCAUUAACAGAAACAUCGGUGACAGUCUAAACAGUAUUGCUCAGGGAUUAAAAAGUACCUCAAAUCUGAAAGUACUGAAGUUACAUUCAUGUGGACUAUCGCAAAAGAGUGUCAGAAUAUUGGAUGCUGCUUUUAGGUACUUGUGUGAACUGAGGAGAUUAGACCUUUCCUGCAACAAGGAGCUGGGUGGAGGUUUUGAAGACUCGUCAGCUCAGUUGGCCACGUUGGAGCAUCUAGAAGUCCUGGAUCUUCACCAGUGCUCGCUGACGGUAGAUGACGUGACGUCACUGACCCAGGUAAUCCCUUUACUCUCGAGUCUUCAAGAGUUGGAUUUAUCUGCCAACAAAAAGAUGGGUGGCUCUUCUGAAAACCUACUCAGCCGGCUCCGAUUUUUACCAGCCCUGAAGUCCUUACUCAUCAACAACUGUGCUUUGCAAAGUGAGACGUUUACCGCCCUCGCUGAAGCCUCUGCUCACCUCCCUGCUCUGGAAGUAUUCGACCUUUCUUGGAACAAAUGUAUUGGUGGCAACCUGAAGCUGCUUCUGGAAACACUGAAGUUCUCAGAGUCCCUUCAAGUGCUGAGACUGAGCAGCUGUUCCCUGGUGACAGAGGACGUGGCUGUCCUGGGAAGGAGAGGAUACAGGAUGGAUGGUAACAAGUGCCAUGGAGACAACAGAGCACAGACACAGCAAGAAGACAGCCAUGUGCAAGGCAGAAUGAGAGCUCUCAAGAGAAACGGACCAUGCCGACACCAUAAUCCUGGACUUCCAGCCUCUGAAACUGUGAGAAAAUUUCUGUUGUUUAAGACACCCAGUCUAUGGUAUAUUGUUAUGGGAGCUUGAGCUGACUAAGCCAGUCAUUUUUCCAAUGAGGCCUACCCUGACCUUCCUAUUUAAAUUGAACCUCCCUCAACACAACCAACCCCCCUCCCCUGCACGCACACGCACGCGCGCGCGUGCACACACACACACACACACAACUUCUGGCAGUCUCAGUUCCCCUUAGCUUGAACUUUUUUCCCAUGCCAGUUAUCACUUUCUAACAGACUAUAUAAUUUUAUGUUUUAUAUUUCAUCUUUUUAUUUCCAUCACACUAGACUUUAGGCAAUAAGAGGACAGAAAAAAAAUCUGUUUUGCUCACUGAUGCAAUUCCAGCGCCUAGAACAGCGCCUGGCACAUAGCAAAAAGCAAAAAAUAAGUAUUUGCUGAAUGAGUGAACAACUGAAUGAAUGAAGUGGGUGGGCUAUGAUGUUUUAUGUAAGGUGGAUCACAGGCAGGUAUGAGGAGAUGUGAGCAGGGACUGAACUAAGUGAGAGCCUUGUCCAUAUCUGAGCAGAGGGAGGAGCAGGGGAAAAAUACCAAGGAUCGUUUGUGAUGUGAAAACGGGACAGAUGAGAUGGGAAGUGACAGCAGCAGCACAUCCGUUCAGGUGGGGAUUUUCCCAGGGAACAGUAUCGCCCUCAAGAGGCAUUCUAGACAUUCACGGGGUUUUCUGCUAUCUCCAGGCUUAGCAGUCUUCCAGUUGUGUAACAUGUACCCGGUGCACAGAGACUUUUCCAGGGUGUGCAGGCUUGGAUGAUCUGGAGGCGAUCCAUCUCCAGAGCUUCAGCUUGCACGUGCACCCCUUCCUACAAUGUCUCUCCUAGGAAAACAACUGCUGGUUUUCUCCAUUCCCACUUCUGCCUUCACAACUGCCACCUGAAUCUGACUAGGGUGUGUUGAGCUGGACUCCAGAAACCUCUGGGACACCACAAAAAAAGAGACAAUAUAGAGCGGCAGUAUUGAAAAAAACAAAACAAAUGAACAAACAACACCAUAAAACAGACUCUUAAAUACAGAGAACAGUGGGGGCAUGAGUGGACCAGGGGACUGGUGGUGACUAACUGUGGUGAACACUGCAUGAUACACAGAAUCGUCAAAUCAAUAAUGUGAUGUGACCCAAAACUAAUAUAGAAUUGUAUGUCGAUUACAUUUCAAUAAUAAAAGACUAGCAGUAUUGAUGUUGGCUCUAGGGACUAGGUAACCAAUCCUUUUGUAAAGCAAGUGGUUCCCAGCUCUUUGCCCUCAAGAAAAUUGGAAGAAGGCCAGGUGAUUUGCCAGCUAAGAGCCUGCUAUGAGUUUCUGGGAUAGAAAUCUGGAAGAAGUUCAGAGAUGUGUGAAGCAUUACCAUUUGAAACAAAACAAUAUGGGCGCGCGCACACACACACACACACACACACACACAAAGCUUCUUCCAUUCUUUUCAAUUUAGCUAUGUAAACAAGGUUCAUCUAUAAAAUGAAAAAUGGGACUAGAACUGACAUCAACCCUAUCACAUUCUGGCAAUAAGUAAUGUUUAUGUGGGAAUAUAUAAACUAUGUGGAAAAGUC